AUGGACUCCCCAAAAUUGCUACUAGACUGGCCUCCGCUAUUUCUGAGCUAUGUGACCCCCGGCUCAGCUUUGGCGGUUGUCGUGAUUCUCGUCACAGUCCUGCCCAUGAUCCUGGACCAGACAGCGGGCCACUCUAUCCCGCGAAUUACUAGUUCAAAGUCUUGGUUCGCAAGUAGAAAGGAUUUUGCCGCUCAUGGCGUCGAGAUCAUUGAGAAGGGGUUCAGGCAGGUGGAAAGCGGCGUCUUCCGGGUUACGGCUCUAGAUGGGUCUGAUCUAGUGUUGAUUGCACCAGAACAUUGGCUUGCAAUUUGCAAAAAGAAGGACGAAGAAGUUGCGCCUGCUCGCAAGGAGUUCUUCCUAUGCGACCUUCACGGCGCGCCAUUUGAGGAACCUUUUCUAUACCGCUACCUGGCUUCCCGGAUGCCUGGAUUCGACCGAUAUCUUGAUGUCAUAUCCACUGCUCUGGACGAGGGCAUAUCCAGUGUGUUUAGCCAAUCCUCUGAUGAUACAAAUACGGGCAAACGUGUUAUCAUGCAGCCGCAGAUCCUACACAUUUACUCGCAUGUCAUUUGGCGGGUCAUCUUGGGCGACUGUUUCAAGCCUGAAGUUGUCGACAUCUUUGAAAAGUAUUCAGCGACACUGAUCCCCGUCAUGAAGGCACUCAAGGCUCAGCGACCGAUGAUGGCCCGAAUCUCCGCCGCUUUCUCCAAGGACGUUCGCCAAGUCAAUGUGCAGCUCGGACAGGCCGCCGACUUCUUCGCACCCCUCUUUGAGCAAUGUGUCCAGGCCUUCGAACAGGGUCUGGAGAAAAGCUCGAUAGACAAUGAGUGGCUCGAGGAGCUGAUCCGCAUGGCACCAGCCGAGAAGCGUCGGGACUACAAAUACCUCACAAACAUUUUGAUUGGAUUCGCCUUCACCUUUGUGUUUUCUCCCGGCCCAUCGACUACGCAAGUUGUUUACGAAUUUGCAUUCCGUCCUGAUUAUGUGGAUCUUGUCCUUCAGGAGGCAUAUGAUGUCCUUGGAAAUCGCCCAGAGCACUGGGGUUUCUCUCGGGACAACCUUCACGGGCUGUCUUUGCUGGACAGUUUCUGCAAGGAGACUCAUAAACAUCAUCCGACAGCCGCUUGUAAGUCGUUAUUCGUGCCUUCUGUGUCUUUAUCAGCGGCCAUCAGUACCAUAAACAGCCCUGGCUUGUUGAGCAAGGUCAUACAGGACAUAUUGCUGACUGAGUCCUGGGUUUCUGGUCGUGCAGCAAAUCUUAUGAAGAAGAUUCACAAGACACAAAUACUCCCCAAUGGAGUCGUCCUACCUGCAGGCACAAUAUUCGAAGUGGUCAUGACGGCCGCCCACCUGUCCAACCCCAAGCUUGAAGAUCCGUCCAAAUGGAAUGGACGUCGGUAUCACGACCUUCGGCAGCGAAUGACGGCAACGGUUGGCGCCAACAAGUAUAACUGGGGCUCAGCGACAAAGGACGACGUAAACUUCGGCUAUGCCUCGCACAUGUGUCCUGGUCGUUGGGCUGGGUGCUCCAUCGCCAAGAUGUUCCUCAUCAAGCUCUUGGCCAGUUAUCAGAUUGCUCCAGAGGACGGGGAGACCGAGAGGUAUAGAGAUCUUCACUCGGGCCAAUACAUUCUACCAAACCCGACGAAACAUAUCAUUCUCAAGCGAAGAAAGCAACUAUGA